AUGAACAUCGUGAGCGAGAUCCGACGCCAGUACGGCGUGGAGCUUCCCAUCGUGCACGCCACCCUCGACGAGGCGAGGCGCGAGGCGCAGCGGAACGCAACGUACCUGCUGCUGUACCUUCACUGCCCCACACACGAGAACACGCAGACAUUCCUGACCGACGUCCUCGCGAACCCGCAGCUACGGGAGGUGCUGAAAACGCGCUUCGUAAUGUUCGCUGCCUCAGUGGAAGAGGCAGCGGGGCACCGGCUGGCGAACGAGAUGAGCGCGACAACGUUCCCGUUUCUCGCGGUCUUUCUGAAGCGCCAGCCGCUCCUCAAGGUGAAGGGUCUCCUUGGCGCAGAGGAGCUGCUGCUGCGGCUCCGUACCACCUUCGACUACUGGGAUGGCAUGCUCGCGGAGGAGGUGCACCUGCGGCACGAGCGGGAGGAGAAGGAGCGGGUGCGCCGCGAAGAGGAGCAGCGUGCGCUGCAGAUGGAGGCGAUUGACCGCGAGCGCAUUCGCCAAUACGAAGAGAGGGAGCAAGCGCGCCGUGCAAGGGUAGAGCAGCAGCUGCGUGAGCGCGAGGCGUUAGCGCUACGCCAACGCGAAGAGGAAGAGGCUGCGAGACGGCAGAAGCAGGAGGAGGCGCUGCGCCGCACUCGGCUGGGAGAGAUGCGUGCAGCGGCGUUGGCGCGGUUACCGGCGGAACCGCCUGCCGAUGCGGAGGCAUCCACCGUUGCGUACGUCAGCCUCAAGUCGCUGCGUGGGACACAGCACGAGCGGCGUUUCUACCGCCGUGAUCGGCUGUGUUGCUUGCGGGACUACGCCGUGACGCUGCACGAUUACGAUGGCAGCGACUUCCGGCUGGUCGCCGGCUACCCGCCACGCGUUCUGGACGUUGACACCGACGCCACUGUUGGCGACGUGCCUGCGCUGAUUCCCCGUGCUGUUGUGCUGAUGCGUGCUGCGUAG